AUGGAUUUACCUACCUUUACAAUUAAUGAAGAUAAUGCAAAAGAGCUAUUAGAAGCACAACGUAACAUAUGGAAACAUGGCAAACCCAUUUCUUUAAAUGAACUAGCCACUUCUCUUCCAAUUCACCCCAAUAACAUUCCAUCCCUUAAUCGUCUAAUGCGUAUUCUAGAAUCUUCUAACUUCUCCAAGAAACUUCUAGAAGAUGGAGGAUAUGGGUGUGAUCUUACAUUGAGCUCCCAACUCCUGCUGAAAAACCACCCACAUACUCGAGUACAAUUUGCUCUUACACUGCUUGAGCAAAUGGUAACUGAUCCAUCUCAUCAUCUUACAAGCUGGUUCCAAAAUGGUGCAGAAUCCUCCUUCCAUGUUUUAAAUGGAAUGAGUUUCUGGGAGCAUAUGAGCCAUGAUUCUAAGUUUAUUCAGUGUUUUAAUGAAGCCAUGGAAUGUGAUUCGAGAUUCGUAAAAAGCUUGUUGGUGAAUAACAAGAGUUUUAAGGGCAUGUUUGAGGGUAUUGAAACGUUAGUGGAUGUAGGGGGUGGUAACGGGACUACUGUUAAGGCCAUUACUGAGGCUUAA